AUGAAGCUUCUACACAAGAUCAUCUUGACCACGUGUCUAGCGCCAUCUGCGCUCGCCGAUUUCACUACGGGGAGCUGGCCUGCACCGGUCGAUCUUAGUAGCAAGUCCAGCCUUGUUCGCAAAGCAUUUACGAAUAUUACAGCCACGCUGCAAGACUUUAUUUUGCAAGACGGUAACAUCAGUUCACCGGCGCCGCAGCUCAUACAUGGCAUCAGCAACCUUACAUUCUCAUUGGGGGUCUUUUCACGUUAUGACGAUGCCGCUUCAGAAGUACUACAACACCACUACACAGCCCCAGAAAUCGCCACAGCUGGCAAUGGCACAACCUUUGUCGAUGCUGACAGCAUCUACCGCAUUGCCAGCGUCACCAAGGUCUUGACGACUCUAUCCGGGCUGCUUAAACUGUCGACACCUGACUGGGACCGACCUCUAUCCGAUAUCUUUCCCGUCCUGUCGUCAUACGAAAAACAUUUCCCCGGUGGCCCCUUUGCCGUCAAUUGGACAGCUGUCACACCGCGCAACCUGGCUGCUCAAAUUAGCGGCGUUCCUCGGGAUGGCUUUCCAAGUCUCAACGAGCUGGAGAUUUUGGGGCUUCUCGGUAAUGUCGACACAGCGGCUAUGGGACUGCCACCCCCAAACAGCAGUGAUCCUCUCCAGAAUCCGCCAUGUGUCAAUUACCUACUCGGAAAUACUGGUUCAGCUGAGCCCGCAGGAGGUGACAGUGGAGUAUCGCUGUGUCCUGCAGAGCCGUACCUGGAGAGUGUCGCAAAUCGCCCACCAGCGUUCAACCCCUGGUCAUCACCCGGAUACGCCAACAACGGGUUUUCGUUGCUCGGCCUGGCCUUGGAGAACUUGGUCAAUACUACAUUUGAAAAGCUGGUUCACAGUGCCAUAUUUGGCCCGCUGAACAUGACCUCUUCCAAUAUCGACACGCCACCAAAAGAAAUGUGGAACCGCAGUGUAAUUGCCGAUGCGUCCACGCCGUCAAACUACUUUGACAUUAACGCGGGAGUUUUUGCUGCUUCAGGUGCGGCUUCGAGCACAUUAAAUGAUCUCACUCGUCUUGGCCGCAGCAUCCUCGACUAUACACUGCUCUCUGAGGCUGAGACGCGUCGCUGGCUCAAGCCUGUGUCAUUUACCGGACGCCUGCAGUACGCAGUUGGGGCACCCUGGGAGAUCCACCGCUACACGCUGCCUAACAACAAGGUCGUGGAUCUGUACACAAAGUCGGGCGACUCUGGUGCCUAUAGCGCCUUCUUUGUGCUGAUUCCCGAUUACGAUAUUGGGUUCAGCCUACUGUCUGCGUCGAGCACACUUAAAACCCGCUUUGAGAUCCUUGCUGCCAUUGCUGACGUGGUCACAUACACUUUGGUGCCCGCCAUUGAUGCCCAAGCAGCGGCCGAGGCUUCUGCCAGAUUUGCUGGAACAUAUUCGCUGGGAAACUCGUCGUUGACUCUUGUCGUUAACCAGACAUUGUCACACACGCCUCCACGAGGUGACGUGCUGACCGGUCCUGGUCUUGUCGUUGCCAACUGGACGAGUAACGGCACCAACGUUUUGCAUUCCGAACUGGCCACCUUUACUGGUCCGCUGCCGUACCGUCUCGUUCCGUCUAUCCCAGAGCCGUCCGGAAGCCCUACCUUCCGCCUCUUGACUCCCAUUGAUGAGCCAAGUGCCCAGUUGCCUAUUAGCUCUAAGCUCUUUUCUGGCCCCGGCUUCAUAGGCGCAGACUGGAUAGCGGUGGAUGCGCUAACUUACGGUGGUAUCGGGACAACCAUGUUCCAAUUUGACAUCGGAAGUGAUGGUAAAGCCUGUUCCGUUACAGUGAGUGCCUUCCGAGAAACGUUGCCACGUACAAACUGA